AAUUUUUGUAAUGGAAAACCCUAGCAGCUCUCGUCCACAUUCUUAAACCUCCGGUACUAGCCCGAAGAACUGUCAUUCCUUUUGGGUAUGGCAGUGUUCUUAAGACGAGCAAUUUCCAACCCGAAUGCGGUUGUGAUUCUCCGAAGAAGCUCCUCAGUUGCUCAAUCUGGCCGCCAUCUCUCGCAUAUUAUCCCCUCUUCCUCUGAUUUGGAAGGACAGGAAAUCAAAUUUGAGUCCCAGUUCAUCCCGGCCCUCGGUUUCCUCAGAGAUUUCCGUCGAGGAUUCGCUAAAGGCAGAAAAUCAAAGAAUGAUUCGGCGGGGGGAGUGGUUGAAGUAGCUCCGGAUAUCGGACCUACGGUAAAAGCAGCAACUUCCUCACAAAUGGAGGCAGCAAUUGAUGCUUUGUCACGGGAAUUAGCUAAACUCAGGACAGGAAGAGCAUCACCAGGAAUGCUUGAUCACAUCAUCGUUGAAACUGGAGGAGUAAAGAUGCCGCUCAAUCAUUUAGCAGUCGUUUCUGUGUUGGAUCCCAAGACAUUAUCUGUGAAUCCUUAUGAUCCCGACUCAGUGAAAGAACUGGAAAAAGCAAUCGUCUCGUCACCACUAGGAUUAAACCCGAAACUGGAUGGCCAACGGCUUAUCGCGACAAUCCCACCCUUAACCAAGGAGCAUAUUCAGGCGAUGGGCAAGAUUGUGACCAAGUCCAGUGAAGAUGUCAAACAAAGCAUACGAAGGGCCCGUCAAAAGGCACUGGACACGAUAAAGAAAGCGGGAUCGAGUCUACCGAAGGAUGAUGUGAAAAGGCUGGAGAAGGAAGUGGAAGAGCUAACGAAGAAGUUCAUAAAGGCAGCAGAGGAGUUAUGCAAGUCAAAGGAGAAAGACAUCACCCAAGGCUGAAGCCAACUACACUUGGAGAAUGUUUUAUGUUACCGUUAAAGUUGGACAUACGAGAACCUAGAAUUUUUUUUUAUUUUUGAUAGGAAUGAAAAAAAAGAAGAUUGAUGAAUGAUGAUUUGGGGAUGAUCUUACUGGUGUUUUCCUCGGGAUGGCCUUUUUGAUGUCUACAAUUGGCUGAGACUAAAUUUCAACAACAUCAACAAGGUUGAAUCUUCAUUUUUUCUUU